AGGGGCCUGUGUAUUGUUUGGUUGCUUCCUCUGUGGAUUGGGCUUGUUGAAGAAUGACCCUUAUACUCGAUCAGAUUGGGAUCUGGGGAGUUUAGAGGAGGAGUCAAUGCUUUGGGUUCUUUGUCAAGUCCUUUAAGUCAUUCCCAACUUAAUUUUGUGGUUUGCACUGUCCUGCUGUAGGAGCUAGCUAGCAUUGGGGAGUGUAGCUGCCAUGUGGGGGCUACAGUUGGUUUGCACCCAUGUUCAGAUGGCUGUGAAAGUAACACUGCAUUAUAACAAGAUGAUCAAUGUUCACUUCUGUGAUUUUCGUGUUCUGGCUGAUCGGUGUGUGUCCAUCCUUCAAACUAACGUCCAUUUUUUUCACAGAUUGACUUAUGGGGACUGUUAGCCAUGGAUACAGCAGACCAGCUGAACAUGACUCAAGUGGAAGAUUUGCAACGUGACUUUACAUCUUACAACUGCUGCUCAUUUACAGGCAUAUUAAAUGAGGACUUUUUGGAGCUGGAUGACAGCACAAAGCUGGUCGGAGUUCAAGUUAUCCUCAUCCUUGCUUACUGCACUAUCAUCCUGUUUGGAGUCACUGGAAACUCUUUAGUGAUAUACGUCGUGUACAGGUUUAGAAAUUUACGGACUGUGACCAACUUCUUUAUUGUAAACUUAGCCGUUGCUGACUUGCUGGUGAACAUGCUGUGUUUGCCUUUCACCCUUGCGUACACUCUGUACGGCGAGUGGAUGUUCGGUCAGGUGUUCUGCUUCAUGCUGCCCUACGCUCAAGGAUUGGCCGUGCACGUGUCCACCAUCACGCUGAACAUCAUCGCCCUGGACCGCCACAGGAGCAUCGUCUACCACAUGGAGACCAAGAUGUCCAAAGACAUGUGCGCUGUGGUCAUUGUCAUCACGUGGGCCGUCAGUGCCUUGUUGGCCAGUCCGCUCGCCAUUUUCAGAGAGUACGGGACAUUCGAUUUUUCACCCAACAAGUCUAUUCAGGUGUGUGCAGAGAAGUGGCCGGAAAGCAGCAUGAACGGAAGCAUCUACAGCAUAUCGAUGCUGCUGGUUCAAUACGGUUUACCUUUGGCCAUCAACUCUGUCGCCUACAUCCGCAUCUGGAAAAAACUGAAGAAUCACAUGACGUACGGUAGAAACGACCGCCAUCAGCGCAGGAGGAAGACCACCAAGAUGCUGCUGACCAUGGUGGUGGUCUUUGCUGUGUUCUGGUUGCCUUUCCACGCCUUCCAGUUGGCCGCGGACAUCGACAGCGCUGUGCUGUCCAUGAAGGACUUCAAACUUCUUUACACCGUGUUCCAUAUUGUGGCGAUGUGCUCGACGUUCGUCAACCCCAUCCUGUACGGAUGGAUGAACAGCAACUACAGAUCAGCCUUCAUGUCAGUGUUUGAGUAUUACAGGCCCUCCAAUGUAACGUCAAGAUGCUCCAAAAGCAGAGAGACACAGAAUGAGGAAGAUAGGGUUUGUACUGAUUGCAAAUCAUCAAAUGUCUGAGACGCACAAUCAAAGACAGAUAACUGAUAAUCAUUUGCUGAAAUGUGAAGUGUGUAUUGUUUGUUUUUUCUUGUUUACUUUUAUUUUUGAUGAUGUUGAACGUUUUUUAAAAGGGCUUGGAAGAGUCAUACGAGCUCUCACUUAAUGAAGUACUUUCCAACUUUACUGUUUCUGAUUCAAACUAUAAUGAGUGUGUUUGUUUCACAUGCGUCGUAAUGAAGUUUCAGACAGUUCGUAUUAGUUUAUGAAAAGAUUUGUAUCUUAAUUCAGAUGACUCAACUGGUGGAGCUUGAUUAGUGCUUUUUCUUUUAAGAAAGAAAAUUAUAGCUGUGGUUUUAUGAAAACCCUUUCUCCACAUGGUAAAAAUAAUCUAUUUAAUAAAAAGGUGAAAAAAAAUAGCCAUGCAGUCUUUUUAUACCAGAAUAAUUGAAAAAAAAUUUCACUCGGAACAAAUAUGAAGAAUACAUACUGAUCCUCUCCUUGCUGAUAAUUUAUAUACAGUCCCUUAUUAGGAAAAGAGAUUUAGUCAUAUUGGUGCUACGCUGUGAGGUCAAACUGAUUAUUUAUUGGCAUAUUUAUUGACAAAUGUUAGUGUAAUUCAGCAUAAUGAGGCGCAUUUUUGUCAGUGUUAUAUAGAAAUAGAUAAACAGGUCAAAUAGGGAUAUUUUACAUUUUGUCCGUUUCUAUGAUUCUCUAGCCAAAAUUCUUCAACUUUGCUCAGUGAAUAAUUCUUCAGAGGUGAAGAUCUCUUUUUUUGUUUUGUAAUACAACAAUGACAUAAUUGUUAAUCCCCAAUCUAAUAAUUUUGGUGUUUUUAAUCACUUAAUUGUAUGCAAGGCCAUCGCAUUGUUGUAAAAUGUAUUUAUGCUGUUAACAUUCAGUGUACAGAAGCCAACAAUCAGAAGACAGGCCUGUAGAGAAAAUUCCUCUUUCUCCUGAACUCACCUUUCAGUCCAUUUGAAAUCAUCUGUAUAGUCGUGACCAAGACAUUAGAUGUUACAAGCAUCGACACUUGAGCUGAAUUCAAAACAUUUUUUUUGUCCUUUUGCCCUUUAUUUGUUACACAUUUGUUGACCUUUUUUUUUUUUUACCUCAGUCUUUAGACCUGAGGUCAAAUGCAGCUGUUUUUAUUCAUUUCUGAAAAACUGUACUGUAGGAAGAAAUUUAAUUUGUUGCCUUCAAUAAAUAAUAGCCUAACACAAAGAUGAAGAACUGCCACCAUUGUACAUCAGCGCUCAAACAUUCAGGAAUGUUACAGAACACCCAGUGUGAGUCGGCAUUAAAAGCUUCUCUAACCUUCACGUUUGCAAAAGUUUCUUAUGUAUUGAUUUUAUUCAGUGCUUUGAAGCAUGUAAAAAUGCUUUGAAACUAUGACAAUGAUAAGUGGCAAAGAUUAUCAGUUCAAGAAAAGCAGUUCACAUCUUACAAAUCAUGUCUUUUACAGUAAACUUUACAAGUUUUUUUCAAGUGGAUGAACUUUCACUGAAGUUUUUUCUCCUUUCGUUGUUAAAGAAAGUCAAGAGUCCAUUUCAAUCAUGUGUGCUUUUUUGAAACUUGAAUAAGGUCCCAAUGAUGUAGGCCGCUCUCAGCAUUUUCACCCCACGUGGUCCAAUAUACACUGCCUGUCCAAAAAAAAAUCGCUACUUGGAUUUAACUAAGCAAAUAGGUAAGAGCCUUCCAUUGGAUAAUUACUGCAGUGAUGAAUAUGUUUCAGCUGCAACAACUUAUUUAAUCUGAGCUGAUGCAGUGAGGAGCUUCUGAUUUCUUAAACAACCAUGUUGGAAGACAUAUCCUGUGGUCGUGGAAAGGAUGUUAAUCUGUCUCAGAAUUGUCAAAUUACUGGCCUGCAUCAAGCAAAGAAAACAACUAAGGAGAUUUCUGAAACUGCUAUAAUCAGGUUAAGAACCCAUUAUUAAAAUCUGAAGGAUAAUGGUGGAUCAUCGUCUUCAAGGAGCAAAUGUGGUCGGAACAAACUCUUAGAUGGUUGUAGGAAAUCAACAGUAGAACUCAGGGCUAUGUUUAAUAGUGAAAGUAAGAGCAUUUCCACACGCACAAUGCGAAGAUAACUCAAAGGAUUGGGACUAAACAGCUGUGUAGCCCCAAGAAAACCACUGAUCAGUGAGGAUAAUCAGAAAAAAAGGCUUCAGUUUGCUAGGUAGUAUAAAGAUUGGAUUCUGGAGCAAUGGAAGAAGGUCAUGUGGUCUGAUGAGUCCAGAUUUACCCUGUUCCAAAGUGAUGGGGGCAUCAGAGUAAGAAGAGAGGCAGAUGAAGUAAUGCACUCAUCAUGCCUAGUGUCUACCAUCCUAUGGGGGUUAUGGUUAUGAUCUGGGGUUGGUCAGGUUCAGCAACAUUAUGUUCCCAAAGAAUGAGGUCAGCUGACUACCUGAAUGUGCUGAAUGACCAGGUCUUUCCAUCAAUGGAGUUUUUCUUCCCUGAUGACAUGGACAUGUUCCAAGAUGAUGAUGCCAGGAUUCAUAGGGCUCACAUUGUGAAUGAGUGGAUCAGGGAGCAUGAGACGUCAUUUUCACACAUGGAUUGGCCUCCACAGAGUCCAGACCUCAGCCCCACUGAGAAUCUUUGAGACGUGCUGGAGAAGACUUUGCGCAGCGGUUCGACUCUCCCAUCAUCAAUAUAUAAUCUUGUUAGAAAAUGAAUGCAACUCUGGGCAGAAAUAAAUGUGGUGACAUUGCAGAAGUUUAUCAAAAUAAUGCCACAGUGAAUGUGUGUCGUUCUCAGAGCUAAAGGCGGUCCGAUGAAAUGUUAAAGUGUGCGACUUUUUUUUUUGGACGGGCAGUGUAUCUUUGGUUUUACUUUUUAGGGUUUAUCAUCAUUUGUUUCAGUGAAGUCUCAGUAUUAUGUGCAUCUCUACUUAUCACCUCAAGGCUAGAAACUACUGAAAAGAAAUGUCAGUGCUGUUUUGCAAGAUGAGCUCCUGUAUAUUUGCCUUAAAUGUAUUUUUCUUGCUGUAUCCGUAAUGUUUUACUGCAUGUUUUUCAUACUUGUGUUAUCACCUGAUUGCAAUAGAAUGUCCUUUAAGUAAGGUAUGCUGCUCUUGACCAUCAGGAAUUUACUGCAUUUAUUAAAAGGACCUUUGUCUAAUUAAUUCUAAAUCAAACCACUCGUUCAUUUAUUGUACAAUCUCCUGCAGAGACCAGAAAUAAAAAUGUAAAAACUUCUUGUGUUUGAAAAGAGACUGCCUUGAAUUCAUAUGUGUGUUUUUGCU